GCUGACCUUCAGCGGGGCUGAGGUGGAGGCGCCGCCAUGUUCGCCCGGGGCGCAGUCGUCGCGCUUUACCCGCCGCAAUGGGGCCAAGUCAGGAAUAUGGCAACUCUAAAAGACAUUACCAGGCGUUUGAAGUCCAUCAAGAAUAUCCAGAAAAUUACAAAGUCCAUGAAGAUGGUUUCUGCAGCAAAAUAUGCAAGAGCUGAGAGGGAUCUGAAGCCUGCCAGAAUCUAUGGAACAGGAGCACUGGCUCUCUAUGAGAAAGCAGAAAUAAAGGCACCUGAGGACAAGAAGAGGCACCUCCUUAUUGGUGUGUCCUCUGAUCGAGGUCUGUGUGGUGCUAUCCAUACGUCUGUUGCUAAAACCUUGAAGAAUGAGAUUACCAACCUCUCAAAUGCAGGGAAAGAAGUUAUGGUGGUUGGAGUAGGUGACAAGAUCAGAGGCCUGCUUCAGAGGACACAUGGCAAUUACUUCCUGUAAAAAAAAAUGACAUUCAAAGAAGUGGGACGGAGACCUCCAAGCUUUGGAGAUGCUUCAAUCAUUGCCUCAGAGCUGUUGAACUCUGGGUAUGAAUUUGAUGAAGGCUCUGUCAUCUACAAUCGGUUCAGGUCUAUCAUCUCCUACAAGACUGAUGAAAAACCGAUCUUCUCCUUUGAAACAGUUGCUGGUUCUGAAAGCCUAAGUAUCUACGAUGAUAUUGAUGCUGAUGUGCUGAGAAACUACCAGGAAUUUACACUGGCAAAUAUUCUGUACUACUCCCUGAAAGAAUCCACCACCAGUGAGCAGAGUGCUAGGAUGACCGCUAUGGACAACGCUAGCAAAAAUGCUUCUGAAAUGAUUGACAAAUUGACCUUGACACUCAACCGUACUCGUCAAGCCGUCAUUACCAAGGAGCUUAUCGAGAUCAUCUCUGGUGCUGCUGCUCUGUGA